AUGUCCGCCAACGCAGGGAUCGAUCGGAGACCGAUAACCAUCUGUGUUACAUCAGAUAUCCUUGCCAUGGGUGCUGAUCAUCUCAAGGAUAAAGAGGAGGAGUUUUCGUCAGACCGCAAUAAUGCAAACGACCCACGCUUCGCCUCUUGGGGUUUUUGUCCAAUUUCGACGCUCCUCACCACGCAAAUUCGUUGCUUCUGCUUUGCUCUGGACCACUCCGAUCAGCUUCAAGAUGUUUUGGCUAAUCUCGAGGCGCCUCCUCGGGGGGUUUGGCAGAGACAGGCACCAGCCUUCUACCUCUACGCCUAUCCUGGUCAUCAAACGCAUUCCUGGCAUGAAAGCCAUGUUUAA